CCAAACUUGCGGAAAUUGUUCCGGAAGUGACGUUUGUGACCACGAGACAGGCGACUGCCCAGGCUCAUGUUCAAGUGGAUACAAAGGACAGAAGUGUGACCUUGAAUGUGAUCGAGGAUACUUUGGUAUGAACUGUAACAAAACCUGUGGAAAUUGUAGACAAAAUCAAACGUGCGAUCACGUGACUGGGAUUUGUCCUCAUGGCUGUGCUGCAGGACAUAGUGGGUCAAAGUGCACUUUUGUGAAUUUCGCAUUUGGGAAGCCGACCUCUGAAAGUAGGCCCCAAGGCAACCUCACCUCCAAUGUAACGGUCGACGGAAACACGACAAAUGGCAUGUGCUUUUCUACGUCACGAGAUGACAAUUACUCGUGGUUGAGGGUGGAUCUUGGCCGACUCGUCGUCAUAAACAAUGUCGUCAUCAACGCUGCCAACGCUACUACGUCCAAGUCUAUCACAAAAAAACGCCUUAAUGGGAUGAAGAUCACGGUUAGUAAAGAGAAAGAGGACACAAUGAGUGAUGUAUGCUACGAAGAUACGGAUCCAGAGUUACCAAACCUGAUUCAGAAUCUCACAUGCGAGUUGGUCGGCAGAUAUGUGAGGAUAGAAAUUGAAAGAACAAACCAAUCUCGACACUCAACAACCUACAGUAAAAAAUCCGUAGUGGAAUUGUGUGAGGUAGAAGUAACAGGAUGCAUGUCUGGAAUGUAUGGACCAAACUGUGAGCUACCUUGUCCAAAACAAUGUAAUGAUGAUAUGUGUUUCUCCAAUGCUACCUGUGCUGUCGGAUGUGAAGCCGGUUACCAGGGCUCGUUUUGCAAUGAAACCUGCCAAGACGGGUAUUUUGGCAAGAAUUGUCAGCUGGAAUGUGGAAAUUGUUUGGACAACACAACAUGCAGUCAUGUCAAGGGUAUGUGUCCAGCUGGUUGCCAAACAGGAUGGAUAAGCGAAACAUGUAAAGCGCCAUGUAGUGCUGGUUUUUAUGGAGACAACUGUACUGAGACAUGCGGCGGAUGUAUGAAUGGCACCGCGUGUAACCACACAAAUGGGGUCUGCCAUGAUGGUUGUAUUUCCGGUUUUAAACAAACACCAACAUGCCGGGAAGAAUGUGAAAACUUCACUUUUGGGAUGAAUUGUUCGUCGACAUGUGGCACAUGUUGGAAUGGGACAAUUUGUGAGAAGGCAACAGGCGCAUGUCCGCAAGGAUGUGAUCCAGGCUGGCAGGCGCCGUACUGCUUGAAUGAAUGUCUGAACUUUUCCUAUGGCCCUAACUGCUCUGCCCAGUGCGGUCAUUGUCGAGGUGGAAACUCAUGCGACCCGAUAGACGGCAACUGUUCAUCUGGAUGUGAGCCAGGAUGGCAGGGAUCCGACUGUCAGAUGAAAUGUAUGAAAGGUACAUAUGGGCCUAACUGCACGGACAUAUGUGGAAACUGUCAGAACGAUUCUGAUUGUGAUAAUGUAAACGGGACGUGCACCAAGGGAUGUAAGCCGGGUUGGGAACCGCCGAUGUGUACCGAAGUGUGUAUGAACUAUUCCUACGGAGAAGACUGUGCCCGUCAAUGUGGUCACUGCAGAAACAACGAAACUUGUGACCGUCUGACCGGAACCUGUUCAAAUGGCUGCGAUCCUGGAUGGCGACAACCGGAGUGUACACAAGCCUGCCAAGACGGGUAUUUUGGCAAGAAUUGUCAGCUGGAAUGUGGAAAUUGUUUGGACAACACAACAUGCAGUCAUGUCAAGGGUAUGUGUCCAGCUGGUUGCCAAACAGGAUGGAUAAGCGAAACAUGUAAAGCGCCAUGUAGUGCUGGUUUUUAUGGAGACAACUGUACUGAGAAAUGCGGCGGAUGUAUGAAUGGCACCGCGUGUAACCACACAAAUGGGGUCUGCCAUGAUGGAUGUAUUUCCGGUUUUAAACAAACACCAACAUGCCGCGAAGAAUGUGAAAACUUCACUUUUGGGAUGAAUUGUUCGUCGACAUGUGGCACAUGUUGGAAUGGGACAAUUUGUGAGAAGGCAACAGGCGCAUGUCCGCAAGGAUGUGAUCCAGGCUGGCAGGCGCCGUACUGCUUGAAUGAAUGUCUGAACUUUUCCUAUGGCCCUAACUGCUCUGCCCAGUGCGGUCAUUGUCGAGGUGGAAACUCAUGCGACCCGAUAGACGGCAACUGUUCAUCUGGAUGUGAGCCAGGAUGGCAGGGAUCCGACUGUCAGAUGAUGUGUAUGAACUAUUCCUACGGAGAAGACUGUGCCCGUCAAUGUGGUCACUGCAGAAACAACGAAACUUGUGACCGUGUGACCGGAAACUGUUCAAAUGGCUGCGAUCCUGGAUGGCGACAACCGGAGUGUACACAAGAAUGUGAUGCCGGAUAUUACCUGGAGAAUUGUGAGAAAAAGUGUGGCAAAUGUAAGCCUGGGACAACAUGUAACCAUGUGGACGGAAGAUGUCCUAAAGGCUGUGACGUUGGAUGGAAAGGUCUUCUUUGUAACGACGAAUGCGAUCAGUUCCUGUAUGGUGCCUCCUGUUCAAGUCAGUGUGGACAAUGUCGUCAAAAGCAGUCCUGUAAUCAUAUUACUGGAAACUGUGACAAUGGAUGUGAACAAGGAUGGGAGUCGUCAAAAUGUGACAAAAAAAUAGAUUCAACCAGCUUAGCUAUUGGUAUUGCUGCCGGCGUUGGAAUUCCCAUUGUCCUAAUUGGAGUGUUACUGAUACGCUUCCUCAUGAAGAAAAGAAGGCCACUGGAAGCUGAAGAACCAAAAGUACCAAGUGAAGUUGUAGAAAUGCAACCGAUUGACCUACUGACGUUUCUGUCAAAAAGACUUCAGUCAAAUGAACUGCACGACGAAUUCAAGAAACUUCCUGCAAAUGAAGUCCACGCCUGUGAUGCUGCGAAAACGGCGGAAAACAAACCUCGUAAUCGAUUUCUGACAACGUUUCCCUAUGAUCAUUCACGAGUGGUUUUGACAGGAGGAGGACAUGAUUAUAUCAACGCUAACUAUAUAUCUAAUUGCCAGAAAAAGGAUGUUUACGUGGCCACACAAGGCCCUAAAAAGAACACUUUGGGAGACUUCUGGAGGAUGAUUUGGCAGAUUAAUUCUGAUAGAAUUGUCAUGCUGGCCAACUGCAUUGAGAUGGGCAAGCAUAAAGUCGAGCAGUAUUGGCCAGAAAAGGGACAUUCGCGCGAAUUUGGAGAAUACAAAGUGGUCACAACACAUGUACAAACUUUUGCUGUGUACACAGUGAGGACACUGUCGUUGUAUGAGAGUUCGUGUGAGACACCAAAGGAGAUAAAACAGUUUCACUUCACGAAAUGGCCGGACCACGGUAUACCCGAUAUUAUACAUCUGCUGAACUUCUACAAAUAUGUACAAUCUACCGAAACUAAAUUACGUGGUCCCAUGGUUGUACACUGCAGUGCGGGAAUUGGACGGACCGGAACCUUUAUAGCGAUAGAUGCCUUAGUACACUACGGAACAUCGAAGGGCAAUUUGGCUCCAUUUGAAUACGCCAAAACAAUGAGACAGAAUCGUAUGAAUAUGAUUCAGACGAAGGAACAGUAUGUAGCUGUACAUCAAGUUUUGAUGGAAUACUUCCUAUGUGAUGACAGUACACUAACAGUGGAGGAAUUCCAGGACAUUUUAGAGAACACCGAACAAAUUCAGGAUGAAUUUACGACGUUGUCUCAACAUCGGCCCACCAUUACCUUAAGUGAAAGUACAGAUGCAAUGUCCGAAGAAAAUAUAUCGAAAAAUAAGGACCUUGAAAUUCUUCCAGCCAACAGAUACAGACCACUCCUCAUGUCCCAAUCCCCAGAGAGAACAAACUACAUCAACGCUGUCCUAUUACCGUCCUGUAAGACAGAAAAUGCAUUAAUAGUCACACAAAUGCCAACUGACGACACUUCAGAUGAAUUUUGGGCUAUGGUGUUUGAUUACCAAUCAACUGCCAUCGUAUUUCUGGACCCUAACGAGGAGGUACUUCCAACUCAAUCGAAUCCUCAAAUUGACACUAAGUCGUUUUCUGUUGAUUACGUUCCAAACAACGAUGAUGCUUCUGACAGCUAUAACCAUUUACACGUCCAGAACAUUGCUGUUACUAGGAAGGGUCUCGAUGACAGCUUUUUGACGAAUUCGUUUGAGAUAACGAGUUGGCCUGCUGAUGACAGCGAGUCUGUUUCCUCAAUAAUGAAAGCCAAUUAUGCUGUCCAGUCGUCUCAGUACGGCCGGAAAUCACCUGGACCAAUCACAGUUGUAUGUAGAAACGGCUCUGACAAAUGUGGAGUUUUUUGUGCAGUUUCAAACGCCGCCGAGACUUUGAAUAUGAAUCGCUCUGCAAACAUUUUUCUGAUCACUCGACAACUGCAGUACCGCAGACCGUCCUUCAUUCGUUCACUGCAUGAGUACCGGACCUGCUAUCGGGCCGUGGCAGCGCAUUGUGAAACCCUAUGUGACUAUGGAAAUGUGUAAUUUAAUUAGCAAAAUCUUCAUUGUGUGUGAAAUCAAGAGUGAGUUUGUGCAUAAAAUAUACUCUUCUGUUUAAAUUAAACGCCUCAUCUUGACAUUUAAUCUGUCAAAAUGUAAACAUCUGUGUUAUGUGAUAAAAACACUCACCUCAAAGUUCCAAUGUUUACUUGUACUCUCGAAGUCUUAAUUAGAUUUAGCUCCCUUAUUGGGGUAGGAAAGCAUACUAAGUAUGAAUCAGUGUGUGCACAUUGUAUGUUUAUGCAUGUUGGAUGUAUAUUUUUGAUGAUGGAGAAAAACAGAUUAAACCUAAAUAAAAAAAAAAUAUAUCCACUAUAGGUAGAUAGGACUUUAUUUAGCUUUUUAAACAAUUUUCGUUCUUUCAAUAGGCCUGUUAAAAUGUACACCGAUUCCUGUAGAAAAAGACAGAAAAUGCAUUCAUAGUCACACAAAUGCCAACUGACGACACUUUAGAUGAGUAUCCUAUUUACAUGCACAUGAGUCACAAAUGACUCGGGAACAUAUUGAUAUGUUAUUUGUUUUUUGUUUUUGUUUUUUUAAGUGAAACUGUCAAGUCUACAGAGGGAUUUUUCCCAACUCUAAAAGUUGGUGCUACUUGUAAAGAAAAUGAAUAUCAUGUUCAUGUAUUUACAUCAUUUAUAUAUAUUUAUAUGCUUUGUAAAUAUUUUACAUAGAACAGAAGAUUUGCAGAUGAAUUAUUAGUUGGAGUGUAUGUAAAUUACUAUAUAUACAUGUAAAUAAAAACACAGGACGCUAAAGAUCUACAUAUGUUAAGAGAGUGGCAAAUUUGAAAACAUUCAUAUGAAUAACCAAAUACUGUUGUUGAUCUAUUAGAUAAUAUUUAGCCGAUAAGAAAUUAUUUUUUUCUGUUGGUACAUUCCCAGACUGUUGUUAGUCCAUCAGAUAAUAUCUAGCCGAUGAGUAAUUAUGUUUUUGAGUUAGUCAUUUCAAGAAUUUCAUUUUUUCCGUAGGGAAUAUCUAGUCGAUAAACAAUUUCAUUUUUGUGUGUUAGUACAUUCCAAGAUUCGAAAUAAUAUAGAGUUAUUAUGUAAUAUCUAGUCGAUAAGUAAUUAUAUUUUUGUGUUAAUACAUUCUAAGAUUUGAAUUACACCAUUAGGUUAUAUCUAGUCAAUAAGCAACUACAUGUUUGUGUAAAUACAUUCCAUGAUUUUAUUACUCCAUUAUGUAAUAUCUAUUCGAUAAGUAAUUCUAGUUUUGUGUUAAAACAUUCCAUGAUUUUUAUUAUGUAAUAUCUAUACGAUAAGUAAUUAUAUUUUUUGUGUUAAAACAUUCCAUGAUUUUUAUUAUGUAAUAUCUAUUCGAUAAGUAAUUCUAUUUUUGUGUUAAAACAUUCCAUGAUUUUUAUUAUGUAAUAUCUAUUCGAUAAGUAAUUCUAUUUUUGUGUUUAAACAUUCCAUGAUUUUUUAAUACGCCAUUAUGAAAUAUCUAUCGAUAAACAUUUUUUUUUCAUUUGAGCGUAUCAAUUAUUGAAGCAACGUAAUAAGCUGCAAUAUAUGUUGGUACAAACCAGGAUUUGUAUUAGUAAAGGAAUCAUCAAUCUGAGUCUACUCAAAGAACUGUUUUUGUUAAGUUGCUAAAAACAUAAUUUAUUUAAGUACACUGCGUCUACUCAAUACGCUAUUUUAGGUUAGUAAACCAUAACUAUUUCAGCAAACUGAGUCUAUUCAAUAAACUAUUGAUGUUGUUAAAAACGUAGACUUGAAUUAGCAAAUUGAGUCUACUCAAUAAGCUAUUUUUAUUAGUAAAAUCGUAGACUUAUAUUUCGUAAUUAAGUCAAUAAGCUGACUAUUAUUUAUAUCUAUGAUAUAAUGUAUCAUUUUUAUGCAAUGUAUCUAACACAUUUAGACGUGAUCUGGGAGUCUGAAAGUACACAGUACCUUUGUGUGUUGGUUUGCUGUGUUUAUCACCCCAUAAACAGCCAAGGACAUUUCAAGGCGGGAUAUCCUUGUAGUAGUUGGUGACUACCUUUCUGAACGACAUACGGGAGGGUCGUCACAUGUCAUCCAGAGCAAUUAGGGUAAAAUGUCGUCCCCAAGGACACAAACACCACAGCUCAGACCAGUCCGUACUCUUGUGUGUAUUAUGAAAAUAAGGCCUACAGUCAAGAAUUUUAACUUGUCCCGUAGGUGAUAUCUAGUCAGUAAGUUAUUGUAUUUUUAUGUUGGUAGAUUUCCAGAUUUGUAUUACUUUAUUAGGUAAUAUCUAGACGAUAAGUAAUGAUAUUUUUGUGUUAGUAAAUUCCAAGGUUUGUAUUACUCGAUUUGGUAAUAUCUAGUCGAUAAACAACAUUAUUUUCAUGUAAGUGCAUUUCAAGAUUUUUAUUACUCCAUAAUGUAAUAUUUUUCGAUGAACAAUUAUAUUUUUUUGUGUUAGUACAUUCUAAGAUUUUUAAUUAGUCCAUUAGGCAAAACUUACUUGAUAAGUAAGUAUAUAUAUAUAUUGAUGGGCUAAUGUACUGACAGAUCAGUAUUAGAAAAACAAGUGUGAAUUCUAGUGAAUAAGCUAUUUUAAUUUUAGCGUAUACCUUCAUCGGUGUCAAUUAUUGAACCAACGCAAUAAGCUAUCAUUUAUGUUGGUACAAACCAGGAUUUGUACCUGUAAAAAGAGACAUGCCAACAAGAUGUCACUAUUGUUGGUUCAAUUUUGUAUGAAUAAACUGAUUUUUCUCAAUAAGCUAUUUUAUGUUGGCAAAAUGUAGAUGUGUAUAAGUAAUUUGAGCCUACUUAUAGACUUAUAUCUCGUAAUAAAGUCUAGAAUAUUAUGUAUAUCUAUGAUAUAAUGUAUCAUUCUUUCGCAAUGUAUCUAACACUGUUAGACGUGAUUUUGGGAGUCUGAAACUGCAGAAUACUUUUGUGUGUUUGUUUGCUGUGUUUAUCGCCCCAUGAACAGCCAAGGACAUUUUGAGGCGGGAUAUCCUUGUAGUAGUUAGUGACUACCUUACUGAACAACAUACGGGAGGGUCGUCACAUGUCAUCCAGAGCAAUUAGGGUAAAAUGUCGUCCCCAAGGACACAAACACCAGGAUUAUAUUUUAGAACUAAACUUCCAGAUAAAAUAUGAUAUGGAGUGCAUUUCAGAUGAUUCCGGACGAUUAGAUAAGUAAAGGAAACCCGCCGGUUUGGUCCUAUAUAUAUUUUUCCCGCAAGGAUUGCAAGUUAAUGCUAUUUGUCGAUGAGAUCGACAAGCAAAAGGAUGGUAGUACAUGUUUCCGUUCAGGGACAAGAAAAAUAACAUCCGUUAUCGAAUUGUUUUCUUGGUUGCUUUGUUAAAGUCCAUUGCUGUAAGAACUGGUGUUUUUCGUUUUCGUACACAAUUUCUUACAUUUUAUACAUUUUCCAUUUAGUGUGUGUUUAUUUUUUUCGAAUCAGUCACACAUUUUCUUCAUCCACCAUGAUGUUUUUUUUAAAUACUCAAUGGUUGAUAUUUUAUGUCUGUUCUACCUUAGAUCUUCUUGUUUGAAUUGUAUGAGAUGCUACACUGGUAUGUGGAUAUUUGCCCAAAGACUGUAUGGUCAUUCGUAUCCGUGUCCAUUUGAUCAGAGUUAACAAUGAUGCCACUUAAAGUAGACAGUUUAUUUGAAGGUUAAUUAGAAACAUUUCAGCGACGUCCAACAGUGUUGACCAGUAUCAUUAUCAUACAUCAUCACAUGUACGGUAAAUUGUGAUUGUCCGAAGUCAGAUAGAGUAGAGCGAAGAUUGGUUGAAACGAUUUGUAUAACAUCCACGUCCAUUGGGAAGGCUUGGAGCAAAUGAAACGUGCACCAUAGAGACAAAUUAACGCAUUUGUGGCAAAAUUUCAUUUCAUGAUGAGUUUGCAAUUUUCAUUAAAUAGUUACCUAAUGAGAAUACCGAUACCCUAUCACUCAAACAAUCUAUGCUAUCCAUCCAGGCAAUUGCCUCGUUAUCAUUUAUGUCUCAUAUGUUUAUAAAAAAAUAAAUUAUCAUUUUUAGGUCUAUUAAAUUUUUGGGAAAAUAUUGACAUUUUUUGCCAAUAUGUUAUCUGAAUUGAGUUAAUGUUGUAUUAAUUAGUGAAACAUGGCGGCCACCUACUUAAUCGCCGCUGUAAUUGUGAUCCGGAUGGUGGCCGCGGUUAUGUACUUGUAUAAGUAGGUUAGCUUUAAAAGCAAAUUGAUCCUGGCAUAAUAAUCAAGUGCCUUUUCCUGGCUCUAAAAUUACAUCUUGGUGACGUACUCUAAAAUGCAUUCAUCGGUUAAUACCUAUUUUUAAAAAAGCUUUACUUAAGGUACUCGGGCAAGACUCCAAUCUUAUCAUUUGUGAAAGGUUAUAGUGAGGUAAAUGUUUAACCGUUCAAGUAGGUUCUAGUCACAAACGUUUAAACCCUGAAGUAAUCAAAGUGUAUUUUACUUAAACAGCGUGUCUACUUCUUUAGAGACUUAGGAUUUUUUUUUCUGAUAUCGAGAUAUAUACCUCACUCAAUGACUGUUCUGGUUUAAGGAUAGCUUCCAUAUUUAACGAUGAACAGUCUAUACAUCCCAUGAUAGUCCAGACGUUACCAAUGUUUAGAUAAAUAUUCUUCAUUAGAAAAUAUUUAAUAUCAAAAGGUAAGGUCUUAUUUGAUUUUAUGAUAAACAAAUUAGAUUGAAAUUUCCCAUGUUAAAAUUAUCACUUGGCCUGCUGGUACCUCCACCUAAUCACAAUACCAACAUAUUUGUCAUAAUGUUGAUUCUAAAUAUCUAUUCUUUGCCUCCGGCUUUUUGUUUUGAUUUUAUGUAGUGAUAUUCUUCUCAUUUUGUCUUUUAUGUCUUUGAUGCAAAAUUUAUUUACAUAUGAAUAUGCAUGUAUAUAUGAAAAAUGAGCGUUGUUUAUGCGUUUGAGUGCGUUAAUGAAAUAAACUAUUGUUCUUACUAA